CAUACCGUUGUCAUAGUUACGCUUAAACCAAUAGCCGAUGACGGAAUUGUUGCUAUGUUGUGAAUAUAGACGUUAAUAUAAACAUUAUAAUAAACGUUGGCGCUGGAGCUAGCUUAUUACAAAAGUUUGCCAAAUUUAUAUUUCGACAUUGUGUGUACGUCGCUUGAGAUAUGAGUAGCACAAGCCUACCAGUGUGGUCACGACAUCAUCCAGUAAUUCCCAAGAGAUAUGUACCUGCUUGGACGACUGAUAUGAAAAAUCGCCGUCUCAUUGUACAGAACUGCAGACAAGCAAACUAUCCUUAUGGCCCAUUUAACACAAGUGUCUAUCUUGAACGUAGAGAACGACUAAAUCACGUAGAACCAAGUCGCAUGGUAGAAAGCAAAAGAAUUGAUGUCUCAAGGGAACAACUUUUAAAUCCCUGGAUACAUUCUCCUCUGUCUAAAUAUAGAAGCAGUUUAAUGCAUUAUGUCAGUUAAUGUCACCAUUGACAUUAUUUUAAUUAUUAUUUUAUUAACUAACCCUAACAUAAACGCCUCUCUGUACCUAAAUCUUGGCAAACUGGGUGCCAAAAUAAUUUCCGGAAUUGAUGUUUUUGAGAACUAGUAGACUUUAUGUAUUGUAUCGCCGGCAGGAGCAAAAACGGAUUGAAUGCGACAGAAUUUAAUGUAGAGGAACUACAGAAUUUCUCAACUUUUUCAAUGAUAAAUGCUUAACCCUUGGAAUUUAUAGGUAAAAAUUGUUUAUUUAUUUCUGCGGCAUUUAUAUGCUAUAUCUAGUAUUUGGAAAUGCCGAAAUCAUAUUGGGUAGAAAGAGAACGUGUAGAAUGUCUCUAGUUUCGUCCAAAACCUUAUAAUAUCUUAUAAAGUAAUUUCUAUAUAAUUUUAAUAAGUUCUGUUCACACGAUCCAAUUUUGUCGGAUCUGGUUGUCAGGUGUCUCAAUAUUAGCUCGAGCGUAUACAUCAAAGAGGUUAGACUAAAGUAGCUGUUUUAACCUGUCAGUUUUGACAGUCCAGUGUGACAAUGAUAUAUGAUAUCAUUGAACUUAAUUAUGUGUAUUUUGGUGUGAAAUAAAUAAACGCAU